CACUGAGUGACACUGACUAUUGAUGAACACAAACACAUCUCUCACUCAACCACAUUAGGCUAACGACACAGUGGUCUCUGCGGCUUCUGAGUAAACAGCCCUAAGCCAUUGUUUCUUUAAUAUGAGUGACCAAAGCGAAUUUACUGCAGACAGUUAAACAUUACACAUGCAUUUACUUGCAGAUUUAAGGAGUUUUACACCAUAUUCAUAUAAUCAUAGUGAAAGACCACUCGACAUGUCGGAGGUAGACGUCGAACCGUGUGACCUCACUAGGGAUCAACUUGUGAAAACGGGUAGCCCAAAUUUCAUGUGUUCUAUUCUACCUUCACAUUGGAGAUCUAAUAAAACUUUGCCGAAUCCAUUUAAAGUUGUUGCUAUUGGAGACGUGAAAGACGGUACAAAAGUUUGCAUCACAGCAGGUAAUGAUGAAAAUCUUUGUUCAGAACUAAGAAACAACACAACAUCAAUGAAAAAGCAAGUAGCUACAUUUAAUGACUUACGUUUCGUUGGAAGGAGUGGCCGAGGUAAGAUUUAA